CCAUAAUUCUCAUCAUUAUCAUCGAUUCUACAUUGGCUAAAAAAAAUAAAGUAAAAGUGAAAUUCAAUUGUUGGAGCUGUGUAUAAUUGAUUUUUUUUCGUUAUUUUUUUCUAUGACAACCAUCAAAAUCUAUAUGUAGAAAUCUAGAUUAUAAGUCAUGCACACGUACACAUAAAAUAAAUCAAACCCGAUAAAUGGAACAUUUCUAUUUUGUUUCAACAACAACAUAUCAAGAAUUAUUCAUCAAUAUAUUAUUGUCAAUCAUCAAUUGAAUGAAUAAAAUAUUGACCUCAUAAACAAACGAAUAUGUUUUGGAAGAAACGUUAUUCGGAAUUGUUAUCAUCGAUAUUUUUUCUAUCGAUGAUUAUUAUUGUAUUCAUAUUCGAAGUAUUUGUGAUACGUCCAUAUUUGCUGGAAAGUAAUGUGUCCAAUUUCGUUACAUUGCAUUUAUUCAUGGCCAUCUUCUUACUUAUUAAUACUUGUUUAAAUCUUUAUCUGGUUGUACAUACGGAUACAUCGAUCAUCGGUAUGGUAAUGCCUUCUAUAACACCAUUACCCCCACAAUGGCAUUAUUGUUAUGUAUGUGAAUCGAAUACACCACCACGUUCAUUUCAUUGCAAAACAUGUAAUCGUUGUAUAUUACGACGUGACCAUCAUUGUGUUUUCACAUCCUGCUGUAUUGGCUAUAAGAAUUACAAAUAUUUUAUGGGCCUUUUGUUUAAUGUUGGUUUCGCAUGCACUUAUGCAACGAUAAUGCAUUGGCAUUAUAUUUGGUUGAAUAUUAAUCAUCUUGGUUUAUGGGCAAUCGCCGCUCAUUCUGUUCCAUUAGGAUUCUAUCUAUUAGGCAUGAUCGAUUUAUGGACAACUUGUUGUAAUAUAAUAUCAAUGCUUUGCAUUGUUGGUGCUAUAUUCGCUUCCGGUUUAUUCAUCUAUCAUUUUAAUCUGUUACGAAUGAAUCGUACAACAUAUGAAAGAGCCAAAUCGAUUGCCGAUUAUGAUCUAAGUGAUUGGCAAAAAAAUCUUUCGGAAACACUUGGUGAUCGUUGGCUAUUGUUAAUAUUUCUAUGUCCAUUAAUUAAAUCAAGUUUACCCGGUGAUGGUGUACAUUUUCAAACUAAACAGGAAAAAUAUUUACAGAAUAAACAAAUUUGAAAAACAAUAUUCAA